AUUCUAGCUAAUAUUAUUACAUUUGUAUUUAAAAAAGUGAGAGCAAAGUAAAAAAGAAGAGAGUUAAGAAUGGAGAAGGAAGAAGAUGUGAAGGUAGGAGCAAGCAAAUUCUCAGAGAGGCAGGCAUUAGGAACAGCAGCUCAAAAUGACAAAGACUACAAAGAGGUACCAGCAGCUCCAUUGUUUGAGCCUGGUGAGCUCAAGUCAUGGUCUUUUUACAGAGCUGGAAUUGCUGAGUUCAUAGCCACUUUCUUGUUCCUCUACAUCACCAUUUUGACUGUAAUGGGUGUCAAUAGAUCAACCUCCAAAUGUUCCUCUGUUGGCAUUCAAGGUAUUGCUUGGUCUUUUGGGGGUAUGAUCUUUGCCCUUGUCUACUGCACUGCUGGAAUUUCAGGUGGACACAUAAACCCUGCUGUGACAUUUGGACUAUUUUUGGCAAGGAAGCUAUCUCUUACAAGAGCUAUAUUCUACAUUGUGAUGCAAUGUCUUGGUGCUAUUUGUGGUGCUGGUGUGGUGAAGGGUUUUGAAGGUAAUGCUAGAUAUGAGUUGUUCAAAGGUGGAGCUAAUUUUGUGAAUGCUGGUUACACUAAAGGUGAUGGCCUUGGAGCUGAGAUUGUUGGUACUUUUGUUCUUGUCUACACUGUUUUCUCUGCCACUGAUGCCAAGAGAAAUGCUAGAGACUCUCAUGUUCCUCUUUUGGCUCCUCUUCCAAUUGGUUUUGCUGUGUUCUUGGUCCACUUGGCAACUAUUCCCAUCACAGGAACUGGCAUUAACCCAGCUAGGAGUCUUGGAGCUGCUAUCAUCUUUAACAGGGACUUUGCAUGGGAUGACCAUUGGAUAUUCUGGGUUGGACCAUUCAUUGGAGCUGCUCUUGCUGCUAUGUAUCACCAGAUUGUUAUUAGAGCCAUUCCUUUCAAGACAAGGGCUUGAUCUUCUUAUCUGUUCUUGUUUGUAAUCUUCUUGUGUUAUGUGUCUCUUUCAUUAGAGGGACAUCUUUUGAAUCUUUUUGUGUUAGUCCAUGAUUUGGAUGUAAAAAUUGUUUCCUUCAUUGAUCUUAGAAGAAUGUGGAUUAUUCUUUUUAUCUUCUAUUAGUUAAUUUUGUUUUUUUAUUUAUGCCCUGUUAGGUUUCCUCUACAUGGUUAACAAUUUUAAUUGAAAGGUGCUACACUAAACCA